AUGUCUUCUUCUUCUUCUCCUCCUCCCCUGACAAUCCACCACCUUCACAUCUCGCAGUCGGAGCGGAUCGUCUGGCUGUGCGAGGAGCUGGCGAUCCCCUACACGUUGAAGACGUACAGGCGGGACCCGCUGCUGUCGCCGGCCCCGUUGGCGGCGCUGACGCCCCAGAAAUCCGCACCGGUGAUGACCACGACCAAUCCGGUGACGGGCGUGGAAUUCAACAUGGCCGAGUCGGGCGCCAUCGCCGCGUACAUCGACAGCGUGUUCGGCGGCGCGAGACUGUCGCUGGACGCCGCCCACGCGAACUACCCGGACUUCCUGUUCUGGUUUCACUACGCCAACGGGACCCUGAUGCCCGCCUUCGGCCGCCUGUUGAGCGGCGCCUGGCUGCAGCCCUCCCCGGAUAACCCCUUCCCCAAGUCCCUCCUCGCCGGACUGCGCAAGCACCUGGGCGCCGUGGACGCGCGGCUCGCCACCACAGGCGCCUUCCUGGCCGGCGACCGCUUCACCCUCGCCGACGUGCUCACCGUCUGGUCCCUCACCACGGGCCGCCAGUGGACGCCCGCCAAUCUGUCGGCGUACCCGGCCAUCCUGGCGUAUUUGCAGCGUAUCGGUUCACGGGAGGCGUACCAACGCGCCAUGGACAAGGCAGAGCCCGGUUUGGACUGGAGGCAGGGCCUGACGGCGGAGGGGCCCGAGCUGUUUCCGGCGUACAGGCAGAUGCUGGACCAGACGGGGAUCGAUCUGACCCAGUGGAAGAUUUGA